AUGAGAACAUCAGAUCAGCAAGUCUAUCAGAACAAUUCACUGGAUCAGUUGGGGUACUACCACUGCUACCUCAAAUCCACUCCCUCGAAACAGCCCAAAGUUCAUCGUCCAAAGAAGGGUUUCACCUCUGGUUUUUCUCUCAAACCCUGUCUCCCAUGCCAAAGACCUUGUCUGCCUCAUGUGUACGACAACGUGAACUUUCCAAGUUCUGACUACCGAACAUUGUUCACACCGGACUAUCAGGAGUGUCAGAGAGUCUGCACACAUGACCCUGGCUGUCGGUUCUUUUCUUUUUAUAAGCCCGGCUAUAAGUGCUGGUUGAAAACCAACUGGGCAGUACCAACGAUUCCCCAGAUAAAAGCAACACCUGGUCUAAUAUCUGGAUUCUCACACGGGAUUCAAACAUCUGAAUACUUUGAACCAGCAUGUCAAGGCAAACUCUUUCCAAGGACUAACAUCCCAGGACAUGACAUUGUGGUACUGCCUGCUGCCUCUCCUGAACACUGUCAGACACUGUGCACGGCUCAUCCACUCUGCACCUACUUCACUUAUAUCAGUCGUUUCUUCAAAUGUUACGUGAAGAAAAAUACAGUUGCAAUGAAAUGGCACACCACUGAAGGACACAUAUCUGGGCUACCAGCACGCUUCUGUCAGCUGGAUAACAGCUGGAUUAAGAAGACCUAUGCAGGAGUAGAUUUUUAUAGUGGCGACAUUCGCCAUCUUCUGACAAAUGACGCUGGGUCAUGCCAGAGAGCUUGCACUGCAGAUCCUAACUGCCAGUUCUACACCUAUGUCACCAACAGAUACUCUAACAUUGCUAUCAGGCGCCGCUGCCAUCUGAAGCGUUCCAUCAUCAUGCCAGCUCCUCCAAAUGUUAACAAAGACAAAAAUCUUGUGUCUGGCUUCUCCCUGAGAAACUGCCAAUAA